GGAAUGUAUGUGCGUAUCGUCACACAUGUCAUAUGAAUGUCCUCAUCCUCCAACCCUGGCUGGCAUCCACUCCAUGACCAGGUGAAGGCCACGUCACACAGCGAGGCAGCCAAUCAGAGGUCACCAGUUUGGAUUUAUGCCAGGGUGAUUAGGCUUCUAAGACUUAAGUGUUGGUGGCAAAGGCCAGUUUUUUCAACAACAAAAAAAGUGAAGCCGCAGUGCCGGUGAGACGAGAUGCCCUACACGCCGUCUGGCUUUUUCUGCGACCGGUUGAUCCGGGAGAGGGAGAGGAAGGAUGGAGAAGGAUCUGUGAACAAGCCUCUCCGAUUCAGUGGCCAGGACUUUAACACCCUGAAGCAGGAGUGCCUCCAGAAGAAGACCCUGUUUGAGGAUGAGACGUUCCCCGCCACCGUGGAAUCCCUUGGCUACAAGGAGCUGGGCCACAAGUCCAACAAGGUCAAGAACAUCGUGUGGAAAAGGCCCAAGGACAUUUGUGACAACCCACAGUUCAUCGUUGGAGGAGCCAGCAGAACCGACAUCUGCCAGGGAGACCUGGGAGACUGCUGGCUGCUGGCAGCCAUCGCCUCUCUGACUCUGAACGAGAAGCUGCUGUUUCGGGUUGUUCCUCAGGAGCAGAGCUUCUCUGACAACUAUGCUGGAGUCUUCCACUUCCAGUUCUGGCGUUAUGGAGACUGGGUGGACGUCGUCAUUGAUGACCGGAUUCCCACCGUCAACAACCAGCUGGUGUUCACCAAGUCUGCAGAGAGGAAUGAGUUCUGGAGCGCGCUCCUGGAGAAGGCCUAUGCCAAGCUUCAUGGUUCCUAUGAGGCUCUGAAGGGUGGAAACACUACUGAGGCCAUGGAAGACUUCACUGGAGGAGUGACUGAGUUUUAUGAGAUGAAGGAAGCACCUAAGGAACUUUACAAGAUCAUGAAGAAGGCCUUGGAGAGAGGCUCUCUGAUGGGCUGCUCUAUUGAUUCUUUGGUUCCAGCUCGUUUUGAGACUCGCACCGCAACAGGGCUGGUGAAGGGUCAUGCCUACUCUGUGACUGCUGUGGAUGAGUGUAAACAGAAUGUGGAAAAGGAAUCUAGAGUGCGUCUGGUGCGUCUCCGCAAUCCCUGGGGGCAAGUGGAGUGGAACGGCCCUUGGAGUGAUAAUUCAAAAGAGUGGACCACCAUCUCAAAGUCAGAGAAAGAAAAACUGCAGCAUCAGAAUGAAGAAGAUGGAGAGUUCUGGAUGUCCUUUGAUGAUUUCAAAAAGAACUACACCAAGCUCGAGAUCUGUAACUUGACCCCUGACGCUCUGGAUGACGAUAAAAUCCACAAGUGGACAGUGUCUGUGAACGAGGGCCGCUGGGUGAGAGGCUGCUCUGCUGGAGGCUGCAGGAACUAUCCUGACACCUUCUGGACAAACCCACAGUAUCGCCUGCGUCUUCUGGAGGAGGACGACGACCCAGAGGAUAAUGAGGUGGCCUGCACCUUUGUGGUGGCUCUCAUGCAGAAAAACAGAAGGAAAGAACGCAAGUUGGGUGCCAAUCUCUUCACUAUUGGAUUUUCCAUUUAUGAGGUGCCAAAGGAGAUGCAUGGCAACAAGCAGCACAUGCAGAAGGACUUCUUCACGGUGAACUCGUCUAAGGCUCGCAGCAAGGCCUACAUUAACCUGCGGGAGGUGAGUCAGCGCUUCAGGCUGAGCCCCGGGGAGUACGUCAUCGUCCCCUCCACUUAUGAGCCCCACCAGGAAGGCGAGUUCAUCCUCCGCGUCUUCUCCGAAAAGAGGAACACCUCUGAGGAGAUAGAGAACAGGAUCGAGGCCGACCACCCAGUGCCGGCUCCAGCCUCAGCAGGGGAGGAGAGUGAGGAGGACCAGCAUUUCCGCACCAUUUUUCAGCAGAUAGCCGGGGACGUGAGUACUGGGGAUCCAGGGAGCGCUAGGGGGACAGAAAUGGAGAUCUCGGCAAGUGAGCUGCGGAAUGUCUUGAACAGGGUCGUGUCUGAGCAGAGAGAAAUGAAUACUGAAGGCUUCAGUCUGGAGAACUGCCGUAGCAUGAUUGCCCUCAUGGAUAUGGACGGGACUGGAAGACUGAAUCUACAGGAAUUCAGACAUUUGUGGCUUAAGAUCAAGCAGUGGCAGGGAAUCUUUAAGCACUAUGACACAGAGCAGACUGGGUGCAUCUGCAGCUAUGAGAUGAGAAACGCCGUCAAUGAUGCAGGGUUCCGUCUCAAUAACCAGCUGUACGACAUCAUCACCCUGCGCUACGCCAACGAGAACAUGAACAUCGACUUUGAUAGCUUCAUCAGCUGCCUUGUGCGAUUGGAGGGGAUGUUCAGAGCAUUCCAGGCAUUCGAUCAGGAUGGAGAUGGAACCAUCAGGCUGUCUGUGCUGGAGUGGCUCCAGCUGACUAUGUAUGCCUAAAUAAGCUCAGGAUCCAGGUGAGCCUAAGGAACAGGACCAGAACCAGCUUUUACCUCAACAGUCAGUGUGCCAGACCACCCGGCACUCCUCCCUCCUUACCUCAUCCACCAUCUAUCUCUACACCAAAGAAAUCAUCAGCCCUAAACUCUUUUAACAGCCCAGUUCUGGAGAAGCAUGACCUCUCUUCUCUUUAGAGACUGAGUUUAUUGGAUUUUCAGUACUGGUUUCACCUCAAUGUCCCAAAACCGGCUUUUCUCCCUUCAACUACUGUACAUUAACUCUGUUUUAACCCGGACUUUUAUUCUUAUUUAUCUUCAUGCUUGAGGUCUCAGGUCACCUGUUGCUUCUUUCUAUCUUUCUCUAAGCCUAUGUUCUUCCUCUCUCUCUUUUUUUCUCAGGCACAAACCCACCACACAGGAAACCUCUUUCCCCCCCCCUUCACAAUACAGUACCUCACAGAGACUUCUCAUUAUACACCUCCUGUACGUUCUUCAUCUCUUCUUCGUUCUCUGACCUACAAGUUUAAACAACCUGACUUGCUGUAGUGAUAACUAUCUCCAUAGAUUAGGCUUGUGAGAUCUUUUGCAUGGGGUGCCCGGUCUCGGGCUACUCUACAUCUGCUUUUGUCAGUGGAAAACUCCUCAGCCUACCUGUUUCCUGACACAUGUUGCAGAAGCAUCUUGUUUGUGAGCUGUUUAAUGGAAAAAAAAGAAAAAGCAUGAUGAAUAGAGAGAAGAGUGGAAGGUACCAAUAAAACAACCACAGUGUAGAACUCUCCGCUGCCGGAAGACAGUGGUGUUCAGGGGUUUGUUUCCACUGCAUCCAGUGGAUACGGAUAUAGGCUUCUUCUUCUUCUUCUUCUUCUUCAAAUGAGUGUACUGAGUUCUUAACCCUUUUAACCAAAUAAAUGAUUGUGCAGUUCUUGA